AUGUCUCACGAUCAUCAACUUGAACAUACUCUGCUAGUCGGCGCUGUCACAGUGGCGGUCGUUGGCGCUUCUGCGUUUGCUGCCAGGAAGUGGUGGGUGAACUCGCACAUCGCCUUGAGGAAGGGACGAUCCUUUAAAGCGAGGUUGAUUGACAAAACUGACGUCAGUCAUGAUGUUCGUCGUUUCACUUUCGCCUUACCGCACCAGAACGACAUCCUCGGCCUCCCCAUCGGUCACCAUGUAAAGCUCACAGCGAGCAUGCCCAAUCCAAGGACUGGGUUGGGGCCUGUUCAGUCGGUAUCACGACCAUACACUCCUACCACACUAGAUGACCGUCACGGGUCCUUCCAAUUAGUUAUUAAAGUUUACUCGAGCGGUGAAGAUGAGCGUCAUCCCGAUGGAGGUUGGAUGUCGCAGCAUCUUGAUAGGAUGGUCCCUGGCAAGGACUCUAUCGAUGUCACUGGUCCUGUGGGCCGCAUCACUUACAAGGGCAACGGCAUCUUUUCCAUAGUCCGCAGUGAAUGCCAGAGCUGUAAUGGUAUCAAGAAUGUCGGUAUGAUCGCUGGAGGUACUGGUAUCACGCCUCAUUAUCAGAUCAUUCAGCAUAUCUUGAGAACGAAGGAUAGUAUGAACAUGUCCCUGCUGUGUGCGAACAAGACACCAGAUGAUGUUCUACUCGGUCCUGAGCUCGCUAUGCUUGCUGACAAGCAUCCUAAUCAGUUCAAGGUUCAUCACACUGUGGAGAACGCCUCGACUAACCCCAGUUGGAGUGGCUAUGUUGGCCGGAUUACGAAGGAUAUGCUUAGGGAUACCAUGCCUAAGCCUGGUCCGGAAACGCUGAUCAUGCUGUGUGGCCCGAAGCCUAUGAAUGAGGCAGCUAGAGACAUGCUCAAGGAGCUUGGUUAUGAUAAGAUCUACUAUUAA